AGGGGCUGGGCUUUCAGCGUACAUUCGCCUCCGUUGUUUUGAUGAGAAUAGAUGUGUUUUUAAGGUGAUACGACCAUACGCAGACUCCUUUCGCCACAUUAUUUACACUAGGGUAGCUCGGCAGUUGCUACUUUUACCGAUCGAGUCGCUUUUGGGACAAAAAGCGACUUGAUUUUAUCCGAUACGAGCCUCUUUUGUGAAACCAGGUCGAAAGGGAUGCCGCUGCAGACAGACUCCGACGGACGACAGCAGUCUCAGGAUUUAAUCUCCUCGCAUUUGAUCGGGAAAAGCAGUUUUUCUAUAAAUUUAAAAGCCCCCAGAAUAACUCACCCUCGACCGAGUGCUUGUGUAAGAUGUUUAAGCUCGAAUUAAUAGCGUGAAUAUAUAAAAAACAGCAUUAUUUUAUUCCCUUCUUCCUGAAAAGACAGGAGCGAUAAAUAAGUGAGCUAGCUUAACUGCGAACCGUAACGACAAAGCGGGAUCGAUAAUCUUUUAUCUGCUCCGAGUGACGGAGAAGGGUCCUGACCUUUGAACCCGCCGGUUUCCUCAGACCCCUGUGGGUGAACAUAUUGAUCGACAACAUGAAACUGUUGGAAAACUCCAGCUUUGAAGCCCUCAGCUCGCGGCUGUGUGUUGAAACAGGAGAGUCUCGCAUCCUCGGCAGGAUGGAGAGCUACUCCUGUAAGAUGGCAGGGGACGACAAACACAUGUUCAAGCAGUUCUGCCAGGAGGGGGAGCCACACGUCCUGGAGGCCCUCUCUCCCCCUCAGUCCACCAGCGCCACCAGCCCCUCACAGCUGGGGAAGAGCAGCGAGGACGGGGAGAACCCUCUGAGUGACAAGUGUUGCAGGAAGACUCUUUUCUACCUCAUCACAACGCUCAACGAGUCCUUCAGGCCGGACUAUGACUUCAGCGCCGCGCGGGCCCACGAGUUCAGCAGGGAGCCCAGCGUCAACUGGGUUGCUAACGCAGUAAACGGCAGCUUGUUCUCAGCUGUGGGAGAGGAGUUCAACUCUCUGGGGCCGGAGCUGUGGAACGCCAUCGACCAGGAGAUCAACCUGCAGGGCUGUGACAUUUACAGCUACAAUCCUGAUCUGGACUCGGACCCUUUUGGUGAAGAAGGGAGUCUCUGGUCCUUCAACUACUUCUUCUACAACAAGAAACUGAAGAGGAUUGUAUUCUUCACAUGUCGCUCAGUCAGCGUCCUGAGUGGCUACGGCCGCGAUUGUCUCGACAACGAGCUGGACAUGGAGCUGGAUGACGAGGAGGAGAUGGACGGCUUCACUGAGGACAGGUUCCCCAGAGCUCUGUGCGUGUGAAUUCCCCCGAUGGACACGCCUCGGCCAAAGAAUAUCUAGGCUUUUCCUCCUCUCUUCCAUUUUUCGCCCCAUGUUUUUUUUCCUUUUUUUUUCUUGUUUUUUUUGGGAUUUCGCCUCAUCCAAAGC